UGUUGGUUCAGUUCGGUGCCAUGCCGAGGACGAGCAGCCAGACGCUGAAGUCGUGCCUCCGAACCCCCAGCUGAAAACUCUAAUUGACAGAAAAAGAAGGGAGGAUCGCAAAGCUUCUCGGAACAUGAUGCACAAGAACCGGCACGACCUCUACGCCGAUGAACUGGAACGACUAACCGUCGGCAGGACGCCAGAGACGCAGGCUGAUGUUCUCCCAGAAGGAGAACUCAUUUUAACCAUCAACGUCUACUACCCGGCUGUUUUUGAGAAAUUCAACUACGUCAGGCCCCACAUGACGCUGCUGAUGACCGGCUCCCACAGCCUGGCUGAGCUCAGGGACGCCAUUUGCUGCGUCAGCGACCUGCAUGUGAGCGGCGAGUUCAGCCAGACCCCAGACAUGGCUCCAGACUUCAUCAGCAAAGAUCAUUUCAAAUCGGCGUUCUUUUUCUUUGAGGGAGUUUUCUACAACGACAUGAGGUUUGCUGAGUGUCAGGACAUCAGCAUGACCACCAUCAAGUGGGCGAAGGCGCACAACUUCCCCUCGUUCAGCCAGGCCAAGAUGGAGGACACUCGGUUUGUGGAUCUCACAGUAAAAGUGGGAUACCCAUACCUCUACUGCCAUCAGGGAGACUGCGAACAUCUCGUCAUCAUCACAGACGUCAGGCUGGUGCACGGUAACGACUGCUUGGACAAGAAGCUGUACCCACUCCUCACUCACAAACACAGGUCUCUGACUCGGAAGUGUGCCGUUUGCCACGUCUUUAUCGGCAGGUGGUACACCACCAACGACGAGUUCGCCCCCAGCGACCCGUGUGUGUUCUGCGACAAGUGUUUCCGGAUGCUGCACUACGACGCUCAGGGCAACAAGCUGGGAGAGUUCUUGGCGUAUCCCUACGUCGACAGAGGCGCAUUUAACUGA